AUGGCUGUUAGUACCUUGUGUAAGAAUCUGGUGCGAAGCUGGCUACGUUACAGGAGGCAGUUCUGGGGUCGUAUGUCAGUGUCAACAGUGGAACAAGUGCAAAAAACGCUGAGUAACAUCGCGAUUGACAAGAUACGAAAUUUCUGCAUAAUCGCCCACAUUGACCACGGAAAGAGUACUUUGGCUGACAGACUCCUGGAGAUAACCGACACGAUUGAAAAGAACACCAAUAACUUGCAGGUGCUUGAUCGCUUAAAAGUCGAACGUGAAAGAGGAAUCACGGUGAAAGCGCAGACGGCUACCAUGUUUCACAGCAGCCAAUCUGGGCUGUACCUUUGCAACCUGAUAGACACUCCCGGUCACGUAGACUUUUCGUACGAAGUUUCGAAAUCAAUGGCAGCAUGUGAUGGUGCUGUUUUGUUGGUGGACGUCACUCAAGGCGUUCAAGCGCAGACGGUUGCAAACUUUUGGCUUGCUUUCGAGAAAAAUUUGUCGAUAAUCCCCGUUUUGAAUAAGUGCGAUGUAGAUGUCUCAAGAAGCGAUGAUGUUGUAAAGCAGUUGGCGAGUCUGUUCGAUUUCGAUGCGCGGGAAUGCCUAAAAAUAUCAGCGAAAACCGGCAGUGGGGUGCCAGCAGUGCUCGAAGCAAUUAUAGAACGUGUUCCACCACCAAAAAGCAACCUUGAUCUGCCAUUGAAGGCGCUCAUUUUCGACUCGUGGUACGAACAAUUUCGAGGUUGCUAUGCCGUUGUGUUGGUCCGUGAUGGUUGUCUAGAAAGGGGCAAGAAGAUCAAAAGCAUACACAGCGAGAAAACCUAUGAAGUCGUGGAGGUCGGCAUUCUGCGGCCGGAUCCGGUCGCCGUUGAUCGACUUAAAGCUGGACAAGUCGGUUACAUUUUGGCCAAUAUGCGACGACCAGAUGAAGCUUAUAUCGGGGACACGCUUUGCGAAGUAUCUCAACAUGUUCAACCGUUUCCUGGAUUCCAUAAAGUCAAGCCGAUGGUAUUCGCGGGUCUGUUUCCAGUAAAUACCGCUGAACACGAAUUAGUCAGAAAUGCCCUCGAAAAGCUACUGCUGACAGACCCCUCAGUAAGCAUGACUCCAGAUCACAGUCCCGCUUUGGGAAACGGAUGGAGAGCCGGUUUCUUGGGUAUUCUUCAUAUGGAAGUAUUUAGUCAACGUUUGGACGACGAACACGAACUGAGCGUCAUCCUUACGGCACCCAGUGUUCCUUACAAAGCGGUAAUAAAAGACAAUCCAGGUAUUCGCAAGCGAUACGAUAAUAAAGCGGAAAUAAUCAUUACGAGCCCAAACGAAUUUCCCUUAGUGACUGACGUCGAAGGAUACCUAGAACCGAUCGCGACCUGCACCAUAGUGACGCCUAAAGAUUACUACGGAAAAAUUUUAAAUUUGUGCAUGACAAUGGACGGUGUUGAAAAAGAAAUCGAGAUGAUCAGUCAUGACCGAAUGCUGCUAAAAUAUGACAUUCCGCUAGCCGAUCUAAUUCAGAACUUUUUCGCAGAUCUGAAAGAGAUAACAUCUGGUUAUGCAACGAUGGACUACGAAGUAAACGGUUAUCGACCAGCGGAUUUAGUCAAAUUGAGUUUACUGGUGAACGGCAAAUGUAUUGAAGAGCUUUCCUGCAUAACCCAUAGGGAAAAAGCUAUAAAAAAUGGUCAGGAAUUAUGCACUCGACUAAAGGCUGAACUCGAUCAGCAGCUUUACGACGUGAGAAUACAAGCUGCCAUCGGAAAGAAAAUCAUUGCAAAAGAGUCAAUCAGAGCAGCGCGUAAAGACUUUACGCAGAAACUAAAGGGCAACUUCGGCGACAGAUCGCGUUUAAUGAAACUCAUAGAACGGCAGAAAGAAGGAAAACGAAAGAUGAAACUCAUUGGUCAGGUGGAAAUUCCGAAAGAAGCGUUUUUCAAUAUUUUUAAACGACAUAAAAAAUAA